AUGCCUCCCAACCCGCACAGCGGCUUGCUCGACAUGUUUCCCGAGAUCAUCUCUAUGAUAGGCAGGUCUGCGCAGGACCAAUGGCUUGCAGAGAUCUUCGACGAACACCGGGCCUCAUCGUCAAUACGCCGCUCAUCACCACCGCUUGUAAUCGAUCAAGCAGACUGCCGCGGGGUUACAGCUGGCUUGGUCACAGACUGUCUCAAGGAUAGUGUCGCACAAAUAACAUCCCCGGCGCACAUCCUGAUGCACACUUCAUCCUACCUGCGCCACGUUUUGCUUGCAGAUAAGGCACUCUGUACGCAAACGAAUACACUGCUUCAUGAGCUGACGCUCAAGGCGAGCGGACGACACUCGGUUCCUCCCUCGCUUGCCGCAGUGGGAGCACGAUUCCGAUACGGGAGCGACGUACUGGUGGCUGACAAAGUCUGCUCCUGCCUACUGCUCGGGAUUCGUGAUUUUUAUCCCACGCUACGCUUCGUGAAGGUGUCUUUGCCCUGGGACGAUGUGGCGCAGCCAGACCGGACAUGCACCAGCGAUUUCUUCGCUCGGCAUCACAGCGAGGACAGUAGUCCACUCGAGUACUUCGAUCUGGAGAUAUUUGAAGACGUCCAGGACACGCCGAGCUACCUCUCUGCAUUUCGAAGCCCACACAUUCGAGUCUGCCGUGUCACCAACGCUGCGAUGUUUUUUUUUGGUCCAAACCUCACCGUCCUCUACAUAGUUUUCCCGUUCGGCAAACGACUUUGCGUUGGUCCCAGCCUACUCAACGCGCUGACAACAAUGUCCGGCUUGCAGUCCCUAACCAUCGAUAUCGGUAACUCCGAACUCAUUGAAUCACACUUGGGCAACAAUUUUCACGAUGCAUUCCCGACGCAGAUACUCCUCCAGAGGCUGCUGUACCUUCGCCUGCUACUUCCAUGCGAGGUGGCCAGCUUUCUGCUUGGUCGGAUGGUUCUCCCACCAGGAAUUGACAUGCACAUCGAGCCUGUUCACGAUGUGCUGGGCGGUUCCCUUGCAGAGCCCCAGAUUGGAGAUAUAGAUGUACCACGCACCAUAGGCAACGUUGUGCAAGCCGAGGACCUUUGGCGCUUCGUCGCAGCUCUACUAGUACCCCCACAAGCGCCAGCGGCCUUCAGUUCCCCGCAAGAUUUCAUCACGCGAAGCGACGGCGACGAGGGGCACAUUCUGCGCACACUCCGGGUCAUGGCGAUCGACAUCCGUCUGGACCCUCUCAAUGAACCUCCAAUGGAAGACGGCGCCGGUAUCCCCGAACUUGUCUCGUUGAUGAUUGGAUCUACGACGUCAGACGUAGAGGGCAUGUCUGGAGACGUCACCCGGGCCUCUCGUUCGAAGUUCGGCGAUCCCGCGAGGACCCGACGCUCCCUCUCGUUCAGAAACAUGGAAAGAUCCGCCGAACAACGUAUGGCGGGGGUAGCCCUCCUACCUCAUGCAGCCUCCCUCCUUUCCGGCGAAAUCGCACGGUUCGUGUUGGACGGCCAAGUUGGUACGCCCUUCACGGGACUCGUCCAGAUCAGCUGUCUACUGAUAGACGGCAACUCCUGGCUUCCAACCAACCCUCUUGACUGGGUGGCUCUGCUCGCGCCUUUCGACGGCAUUCAGGAACUGCGAUUCAUGGCACCAGCCUGCAAACACGACUUGGCAUGCGAGGGCGGGCCCGUCCACGGGUCCGUCACGACAGCGCAUAUGGAGAGCCUCGCCCAGGCGAUAGGAAACGCAGGCGCUACACAGUGGCUUGUGCCUCGGGUCACUGUGAUAUCUCUACCUAACUAUACGUCACCGCACGAAGAUAUAGCAUCUCUUCGGUCUGCACUUGAGGACACGUGCAACAGUCCGCAACGCCUGGCCGGCCGGGCUGCGGUGGUACGAUGGGUAUUCGGUGGAUAA